ACUUUCCCCUCCACCUUGGACUUUCCAAAAACCCAUUUCCUAGUUUGUGGAACCACACAUUCAAAACCAACGGGACAUCAAAGCACUGGCCUUAAUUACUUUGAACAUCUUUGUUCAUCUUAAAAUUGCUUUAAAGGCGAAAAAGAAAAUCAGUUUUAAGUUAAAUUAAGGGUUUACAAAUGAUGACCUCGUACUUGUACCUGUAACAUGUUUUAGUUUCUUUUCUGAAUGUUAGUGGACAUAGGAUUAAAACCCCUUUGAACCAAACAAAAAAAUAAUUAUUAAACGAAGAACGUCAAAUGAAGGACCUCAUCUCUGGUCAACAAACUUUAAAAACAAGUCGUGUAGGACUUGGUACUCGUCAGAAAAAGGGUGUGAAACACUGGAAUACGGCAUGCCAAACUUUUCAAUUAUGGGGAGUGAGCUCAAAAUAAAGUGAACUGGUGUACUUGUCUAACUCCUAGGCCUAGAUGUUUCGCCGCGGUUAAUCAUUUUGGGUCAAGUGGUCCGGGGCGAAACUCCUUGUCGUUCGGAUACGUCGCCGAAAUCAAUUGACCGUGAAGGCCUGGGAGAAAGCGUACAGGAACCAGGCAACUGGUGCGCCACAGCACAGUUGCUCACAUACUUACUGUGUAACACUUCUUGAUCAUUUGAUGAGAAUCAGGGACUGUACUAAAUGUUUGAAUCAAGUAAACACCCAACCUCACAAUGAAUUAUAGUACAAUGUACCUCAAACUCCAACAGGGACGUUGAUUCGUCCACCGUAGUAUUGAGAAAAUACGGAAAUGGGGUAACAAGUAAUUUACGAUAUUUCGUUUCUCUCCAUGUAUUUUUUCAAGUUGUACUACUACAUUGUCGUCCAGUUCAGGCCUUCUAUCUGUCACGCAGCGCUACAUACUCGGGAGAGAGGGACCUCGAGAGCGUAGCGUUGGACUAUCUUUUACCCCAUCCAGACCCUCGUUGCUUUCAGAGUUGUGAAGAUGGAAUCGCGGAGGUCGCAGUCUCAACUCGGGAGUAAAUAAUUGGCUUCUACCAGCAAAUUGUUGGAUCAAUGACCCGGACAGAAUAUAUCAGGGAGUCAGGGGCUAACGUACAACGGACGGGCCGUAUCCCAUCUGCGAUCUGGGGAAUGAGUUUCAUGCAGGCCAGGCAACCUCGUCCAAGUCUGAGUAUAUCUGAGGACUGGACCCGAAAGUCUCUUAAGUCUGUGGUGGACUCCCAUAUAAAAAUAACCGCGGUUGCUCGUCCUACCUUGUAGAGGUGGAAAAUGCGUGUUUGGUACCUCUUAGGGUAUUCAGCCUCAAACGGUCCACCGCGGGAACUUUUGCAGUACCUUUUAAAUAUUGACCCGGAAAAAAAUAUCACAGGAGAUAGAUAAAGUGUUGUUUUAGAAUCGGUACCUCUAUGGGCUCUAUUAAAGGGGUGAACAACAUUUCAAGCCAGGCCCAGAAAACAAGAACUUGGUACCACUUAGAGGCUCUUGUCAAAAUUUCCGACAAGCAUCCCUUUCCGUUCUUUUUAUAUGAUAGUGCCCACCCGGGCCCGACGUCAGACCACGUUACUGAACAUCAGGUUGGGCUUGUCACUGUACUUUAAUCUUGGCAGUAAUGAACUUCCUCCUCAGAUGUUCUCAUCCGACUCCCGGUCAAUACAAAAAAACAUUCCUUCAUGUAUAAAACUAUUAUUUUUAUAUUCUUAGCUAGAUGAUCCGGUUAUAUAUAUAUAUUUCGAAGCCCCGCUAUUUCGUACUAUAUAGUUUGGCUGCCUGUGAAGGCACAAGUUGCGUGGUGUCACUUUACUGGUUGCGUGACGUUUUUACCAUAACAACAAUAUUUUCACAGCGUAAGGUCAAUUAUUUAUGACGAUACACAAACACAGGUCAGAGCGAAAGCUGAAUAUAUUAACAAAUAUCUCACAACUACCAGUAAACUGAAACUCGACAACACGGACGAGAUGAAUGAGGUUCUGCUGGCAGGCCAAACAGUUGUUAACCGGAGAAAACAGAGUCGUAAGAGAAAAGACAAUGAGACCGCAGGUGGAUCUGACAGCUAUGCGAAAGUUAACUGGUUCAAUAGCAUGCUCUCCAUUCCUCCCAGACAAACUCUCACCACACUGCGCGUCUUCACUGUAUGGUCAGCGAUCAUGGCUUACUUAAUAAGCGGCAUACUCGGCGUCGCCUUCCCCCAGCUGUUGUCACGUGUUUUCAUGAUGGACCUCAGCGGUCGCUACGACACUGGGUACUGGCGGCUCAACUGCGGGUUACUCGCUGUAAUCGGUUUCCUUUACAUCGUCACAGCGAGGUCCCGUCCAGCGGUGGCUGGCAACGGUGCACUUCUCGGAACUGUUCCUGAAAGGUUGUUUUUCGUCACGUCAGCUUUGCUGUGGCUGUUUCGACAGUCGCUGGUUUCUCUUCCCUUUGCAGCAGCGUUCGGGCUCCUUGAUUCCACGUUAGCCAUAAUAACCUACGUGAUAUGGUCGCGAAACACUCCAGAGGCGUCGCCGAAGAAGUGUAUGGGGGAGAUAGCAAAGAUAAUGCUUCCAAUCCUAGGUCCCGCGAGGAAGUGGUCCCCGAACUGUGUGCAAAUAAUUGGGUAUUUGCAAAUGGUGGUCUCGCUUACCUUCAUGGCAAAACCCGAGAUAGCGCCCGAUGCCAUGGGACUGGAUGCGUUCGGCGGCUCAUCAAAGGGCUUAGUGUCUCUGUUUUUCAUGCAGAUGACCAUUAUUGGCUGGUUUCAUGUCUUGGGAGGUGGCGAUGGCAAUGAGUCCGGUCCAAUAGCUGCAGUGUUUUAUCGUCUCGCUUGGAGCGCACCUUUAAUUUCAGUCUUGUGUUACUUUGACGGUAUUGAGCGAGGCUUUGCACUUGCAUUGGGAAUGGCGGAUUCAAUAAGUGCAUUAAUCAUUUCUAUCUCCCUUUGUAUAGAGUCGUUGCCUUCCAACACCGCAAAGUGAUGACUUCCAACUUCGAUCAUUUUAUUAAUACUUUUAAACACACGCUAGAAAACCGACCCACUUACCGUAAAUGCUAUUUAGCGGAAUAGCAAAAAACGCACUGCACCUGUAAGCUCUCAACUGCGCAUGCUGCUACGAAGAUUACUAUUACCACCAUUACUGAUAGCAUGCCCUGCCUUGUCCCCAGGCGCCACUCAUUGAUAGUCACGCAGGCGCAUUGAGUUCUGGCGUAGAUGCGUUCCUUUUGCCUCUCAUCAAGUCUCCCGCUACUUGCUUUCCUUUGUAUGCCAAUCGCAUUAUAAUUUGAGAUCAACUAGAACUUAUAGAAGUUUCAACUUUUAAGUAAACUUCCCUCUCUGUUUAGCUCCUCAUGUAUCUCUCCUCACAAUGAUAAGCCAGGAGAAUUUUUUUGAAAAAAGAAAACCUUGCAAUUGAUUACUGUUAUAAAAUUCGAUUAUCUUGGGAUAACUACAUUGUUUUAUAGCUAACUUAUCUUCCCGCUCCAUUGUUACUCUUUGAAUUAGAUAUAAUGCAGAAAUAAACCAGGAGCUGAUUUUGCGACUGAA